ACACAUCCAACUGCUUGCGCGGCGCGCACAACCGCAUUACCUCGUCUCUUGGUAGUCCGACUCCUGUCCCACGAUCAGUGUUCAUCGUCGCGUGGCACACAGAGUUGCGCCACAAGUGGUGGAGGCAGGUUCCCGCCAGGUGUUACGUCGAUUUGAACGGUUCAAAGACGUACGCGACCCUAGCCAUCAAAAACACAGUGCUUUGUUGUUUUCAAUUACCCGCUGCAGCUUUAUUCCCCAGUACGUUGAAUAAUCGAGGAAUUGUUAUUCGCUCGUCUAUUAUUGCGCAGAACAGAAGAAAGGCGGUGUGAGAGAGUAGGAGAGAGGGCGAAAGAGAGAGAUAAAGCGGAGAAACAUUAAGAGGGAGAGGGGUAGAGAAAGCAAGAAAAGGAGAAUAAGAGAUUGUGGUUUGAGGAGUGCUUGAUCGAUGAGAUUCUCUUGAGCUUACAAUUGUUGAAGAAUAUUUGACGUCCCUGAUGAUAAAAGCCACGAGUGGAUAUAGUUGAAAAGUUUUAAGGGAUUCGGUUCAAUCGACGAGGAAGGACGUUCGAAUCGGUAGAUGAAGGGAUAUUUCUUGGAUAUCAGCGAUGAUACAAUACGGCUGAAAAAAAAAAUUUCAUUAACCAUCUAAAAAACGGCUUGUUACCAGCUGAGUGGUUUCAGUGGAUAUUAUGGACACGGACAGGAAGCUAUCGUAGGGGAGAUCGUGUAAUAUGGUAUGUGCAGGGCACAUAUCGUGAAGCGCUGUAACCUAUGUACCACCCAAGGUGGCACAGAUUGAAAGCUCCCUAUCAUCAACACACAUCCUCUGUCGAGUGCGAACACUAGCUACUUGCCGCAACUGGGCUUCCACCGGUUGUUCAGAUCGACCCGCUACAUUGAUCAGCGCAUCUACCAAUUGACCCGGCCAACUUCCGGUCUACCUCUCAACUGUUGGAAAAAACGGGCUACAGAACUCGGGGGAAUUUCAUUAUCUGCUGCGUCUUUUGUGUCAACUAUGGAAGUCGCCUCAGAAUUAUCGCCGCUGUCGGAUGCGGAAAAGCAAGGGCGGAUCGGGACUGGGAGGACAUCGUACUACCCCCAAACACCGAACAAACGACCGCCGAACCGACGGCAGCAAACGAAAAACUGCCUGAAGCACAACGCCCUUACGAUACUGACGGUCCUCGGUGUGGUUGGUGGUAUAAUUUUGGGCCUGGUUCUGAGGAAUGCACGCAGCACAAAUUGGCCUUCCCGCGACAUAAUGUACGUCAACUACAUAGGCGAACUGUUCCUACGAAUGCUGAAGAGUUUAAUCCUGCCGCUGAUCAUGGCCAGUCUGAUCUCGGCUAUUGGUUCGCUGGACUUGUCUUUGAGCGGGAAGAUCGGGGCGCGAGCGAUCGUUUACUACAUGGUUACAACCGUCAGUGCAGUUAUCACGGGUAUCAUUCUCGUCAUAUCCAUUCACCCCGGACGCGGCGACGAGUCGAACAUCGAACGAGCCGGAGUUUCGAGAAACGUGACAACCGUUGACACGCUCAUGGAUCUGGCGAGGAACAUGUUUCCACCGAACUUGGUCCAGGCCUGCAUAUCGCAGUAUCGUACAGUACUUAAGCCCAAAGCCAACGACACGAACGCCAACAUUCUGACCUGGAAGAUCGAGCACGAAUACGCCGACGGUACGAAUAUACUGGGUCUCGUUGUAUUUUCUACUGUGCUCGGUAUCACUCUUGGUAAAAUGGGACCUGACGGUCGACCUCUACUCCGUUUCUUCGAGGCUUUGUCAUCGGCAAUGAUGAUCAUCACAAACUGGGUGAUUUGGGUUUCGCCAAUCGGAGUGUUGUUCCUGGUCUCAUCGAAGCUCCUGGAAAUGAAAUCCUUCGAGGUGAUAAUCGGCCAGCUUGGAAUGUACUUCAUGACGGUGCUCGUGGGCCUCUUCAUCCACGGAUUCAUCGUCCUUCCGCUGAUCUACUUUCUCGUUACGCGACGCAACCCCUUCUCCUACGUUUCGAACAUGGCUCAGGCCUUGGCAACGGCCUUUGGAACCUCGUCCAGUUCCGCCACACUUCCGGUCGCGAUUGGCUGUCUGGAGGACAGGAACGGUAUAGACCCUCGAGUGGCUCGUUUCGUCAUGCCGAUCGGGGCGACGAUAAACAUGGACGGAACGGCCCUCUACGAGGCUGUAGCCGCAAUUUUCAUAGCUCAAGUCCGCAACGUGAAUCUCUCCUUUGGUCAGCUGGUGGCAGUCAGCAUCACGGCAACCGCCGCCAGCAUCGGCGCGGCCGGCAUUCCGCAGGCUGGUUUGGUCACCAUGGUCAUGGUCCUUGACACGGUUGGACUGCCGGCCAAAGAUGUCACGUUGAUCAUAGCGGUGGAUUGGCUGCUGGAUCGUUUUCGGACGACAAUUAACGUGAUGGGAGACUCACUCGGUGCUGGAAUAGUAAAUUUCCUGAGUCGCAACGAGCUGCGAAAUCCAUCGCGGGAUUUACAGCCGAAAAAUGGUGCUGAUCAUAAUACGACGCCGAUAUGAAGAGGUCGUAUUUGAAUUAUCGAACUUGCGGAGCGUCGACGGUGAGAAAAAAAAUUUGAUGCCGUCUACUGCAAAGACGACAAUACACAAGUCAACAUGUAUAUAAUAUAAGCUUGUUGGCGGGUAUUUCGAGUGCAUAUUAUAUAUGAAUAAAUAUACAUAUAUACAUAUAUAUAUAUGUUACACGUUAAGUUUUACUGUUCUAAUUUACGCUAUAUACAUACAUAUACAUAUACAUGUAUGUAUGUGUGUGUAUACAUAACACGAUAUUAGGUAUUCAUCUUGUGAUAAUUUAUCAAUUAUUAUAUAUUAAAAGAUACGAAACAUUGCUCACACGUCUCAAAAUUAUGGUUAUACGCAGCUCUGUGUGACAACAGAGCCGUACACAAGUCAUUAUUAAUGCCAUACGUAAAGUAGCUUUAUAUUAGUCAUAGAAUUACUAGUUAGAAAGGUGUCUUUUCGCUCUUUCGCUCUCUCUCUCUCUCUCUCCCUGUCUUUUUCUCUCUCUGUUUCCAUUCGGACAAGAAGGAUAAUUCGCUUUUUUCGUAACAUUUCUGUAAAUCUUCCGAAUUAAUUCGAGUAUCGGUACAACUAUACAGACAUUGUCAUUCAUUAUAUCAAAUCAAAAACUAUCCAAACGCAAGAAAGUUUUAAGACCAAUUUGAAUAAGAUCAUCAAGAACGUAAAAUCAAAGAGUUUUCAACAUAGAUAGAAGUUACCAGAACAGUCUUGGACCAAAUUCUCUUUAAACGUAUUUCCCGAUAGGCGUGGAUUUUAGUGAAAGAAGCUUUAUCGAAAGGCGUGAUUGCUGGAAAGAUGCAAUAACGGAAAAAAAACAAAAAAAAGAAA